AUGAGAGAUUCGAUGCUGGAUGGGUCGAUCCACUGGAAGGAAUACUCAUUGACCGUGUCGCGGAAAUAUGGCAUGCAUUACUACAGUGGCACAUUUGGUUUUGAGAGGGCCUCUCUCUGCUGGGUGCGCAUCGGCCGCGCUGGAAUUGGUAGGGGGCGACGGGUCGUCACCAAGACCCCCACUAUAGAGGCAUAA